AUGUUUUGUGACAUAAUUCCAGUUUCAAAAAAUGGCGGUAUAACAGGGAUGGGUGUGGAGACAUCAAUUGGUCAUACCCCAGAUGAGUUUUACAACAAUCUGUUAGAAGGUGUGAGUGGUAUUAGUGAAAUCAAAGUGUUUGAUUGGUCCAAUUAUCCAACUAGAAUUGCUGGAGAAACCAAAACUUUCUCUACAGGUGGAUGGGUGGCACCCAAAAGAGGGUAUUUGGUUAAAGCACAUCCAGAGAUUCACGAUGGCUUUUCAACUUUCAUAGAUAUGAUCGUAUAUGCUUUCUUUCGUAUCCAGUGGGUUGAGACUUUUGGGUAUUGAUCUGCUAUGUGAUCAUGAAUUGCCAAUAAGUUACCAAAAUUAUUGUAAUUGAUUUAAAAGUUAUCAAGGCAGUCCCUGUUUAGGGUUAGGAAGGUAUUAAUGUUACCCGCAGGUUGUAAUGUGUUAAUGCAUACAUCUGUUGGGCAAUAAUGACCUUGAUUAAUCAUAUUACUGAAUUUCUUCUGUUUACAAAGAAGCAUAUAUGGGAAUUGGAUAGUCAUUAUUUAAUGUCUGCAGCAUUGUGGAUUUGGGGUUAUAAUUUCCAUCCUGAAAACAAAUUAAAUUGGUUUUCAUGGGAUUUUCAGUUAUUAAUGCU